ACUUAAACAAAAUGGCUCUUCAUACACUUCAUGCACGUGCGUAAACAAAAAAGAAAGGGUAAUGUCUCGCCGGAAAGGAGCCAAAGAACAGAAAUUGCACUGAAUUAAUAGUUUUGUGUUCAGCCACCUAAGUUGAGCAAUGACCUUGAGAUUCCACCUCUAGAGAGCAGCUUGCAUUUAACUAUUACCAAGAUGACAAAGAUUGAAAGGUUUAUCAACCCUCCUUCAUUUGAAGAGGUUGAUUUGUCUGAAGAUAACUGCCCCCUCAGUAUGAAAGAUGUAAGCAAGUCAAGAAAGGAACUGUGGCUUAUCAGAGCUCCACUUGGUUUUGAUUGUUCUGCUAUUGAAGAUGUGACAUUAAAUCUUGAUGGGGAUCCAGUAGAGUUUUCUUCAGAAGGAGACAACAAAAAAUAUGAAGCAGUCUCUGUUAGGCAGAAUAAAGAAAAUGAGGGUAGGUCUCCAUAUUUGUUAUUGCCAUCUCAGGAAGGAAGGAAUCUCGAACCAGGUCCAGCAUUCAAGGGUCAGAUAGUGAUCAUGGAAUCGCCAAGUUUACCCCCUUCAAACCAGAGCCUUCCAGAAAUCAAGCAAUCAGAAGCUCCAAAGAUGCCAGAAGGAUUGAUACAGAGGUUCAAACCAUUUGGAUGGGAGAAACCAAGGUACCAGGCCGAUAAUCCAUUCACUUCUCAUCCAGAGAAGCUGUCCUCACCCAUGAAGAAAAAGACAAUCAAAGAAGAGAUUGCUUCAGAUGAUGGCUCGUUGGGGCAUAUACCUAGGGUUUCUGGGCUGGAAAUCUCUGAUGGAGAUGAAGAACAGGACACCAAGAGCAAGAAAAAUAAGAAGAAAGCAAAGAGAAAACACGAAAAGAAAGAGGUUUCAGAAGAAAAUUCUAAACUUGAUCAAGCAGAUGAUGUCUUAGAUGAAAGUGAAGGAAGUCCAAGGAAGAAGAAGAAGAAAAAGAAGAGUAAAGACAAAUAAAUAGAAAAAUAUGCUUGUAAAGGGUCAUCAUGGUAGAUAAUUAAUUGUUAUUUGAUAUCUUAUUCAUGAAUUACAUGAUGGAUAGAAGCCUUAAUCUUAUGAUUUUAAAAAUAAAGGUAGUUUGGAAAUGAACAAAAGUUAGCACAAGUAUGAAUAUUACUUGUUGGAACGUUUUUUUAUUUUUUUACAAUUUCAAACAUUGUAAAUGUUCAGUAGGAUAUUUCUUGAUGCUGUUAAAAUAACAGAUGAUAUCAAGAACAGCUGGUAUAUGGAAAUUCAGAAUGGGAUUCUCGCUCAUAUUCAGAUAGCAUUAGCUAGAAAGUUAUUCAUCUAUUUGUAGGUUUGUUUGCAUAUCGCAGCAUUGUCAGUAACAUAUUUGCUUUCCAUAACAGCCCUGCUGGCAUAACAUAUUCUCAUUACAUCAGUAGUAUUUACAGCAUUGAUCAGUAGCACAUUU